AUGUUGUUUACCAGAGAAUCCCGAAUGGCAACUCUCGAACACCUUUUCGCAGCUACCGGAUACGUCGCCGAUGUCUUGGAAACGAAUUGCAUUGCAUUCGCUUUGAUGGGUGGGCUCGCCUUUCUGCUUAUGGGAGGUCACCGAGGCACAUGCAAUGUCGACAUCGCGAUCGAUUCCAACAUGAAGGACCUUCUCCCCAUCCUGGCAAUUCAGCCACGGCCCAUCCUUCCACAUUUUGUUGGGUUUACUCACGAAGCUCCUCGAAAAGGCUCACUUGGCGCGCCCGAUGAAUUGGAGCUAUCAUCUGGACGUUUCGCGGUCGUCCGUUUCCCAGGGCAAAGGAAUUUUCCGAUCUUGGAUCUGGCAAAUAUAAUGGCGAGCAAGCUGGCAGCCUUCUUUGCCAACGGGGAUGAGAAAGAUUUUCAAGAUCUUCGCUUCCUCAUCGUGAAAUUCGGCGAGAGUGUGCACCAGAUACAGAUGCUGCUGAACAAGACCCAUUGCAGGGCCUUCCUCCGCCGAUGUGCCAUAGUCUGGGUUCCUAAUGGAUCCGAGCCUCAUAGCGAAUUGAAGAGAAUCCUUGGGCUAUGA